AUGGUAGAUCAGCAGCGAUGCUGGCCAAAGAUUGAUCAUUAUAUAGGAAUACUAGGGGAUCGAUAUACUGGGAAGACAUCAAUUAUCAAGAGUAUUUUAAAACAAGGCUGUACCGAUCAUUUUAACACUUACUUUGGACUAGCAUUUAUCUUAAUCUCCCACUUAGCUAGCAUAAUAUUUUUAAUAGCGUUCAAAAUUUUAUGUAAUUUUUUUUUUGAUUUUUAAAUAUACAAUUUUGUAAAAACAGAAAUGAAAAUCAAAUUUAUUAGGGCCCAGGCCCUACAAAUUUUAAUAAAAUUAUAUGAAAAUCUCAUUAAUAAAUGAUUCACUAGCGAAGGGCUAUUUUCCAAUGGAUUUUCUCGCUAACUAAAGGGGAGCUAAAAAACCCAACCCCAGGGAUUGGAGAAACCGGUAAAGUUCUUAUUUUUUGAUCCUGAGGAAGGAGGAACUCUAAGAUUGCUGAAUCCGAAGCUGAUUGAAAAAAUGAGUUUAACUAUAGUAGCAUAUGACGUGAUGUCGAGAGAAAGCUUCGAUCAUAUUGAUUUCUGGGUUAACUCAGUUAAAAAUCAAAUUGCCUCUAAAUUAGUGCUUGUUAUCGGAAAUAAAAUAGACAUGAAGGUAAAAAAUAGAGCUGUAAAAUAUGAAGAAGCCCAAGAAAAAUGCUUGAAAUUGAACUGUUUUUAUAUUGAGCUUAGUGCUAAAACCACCCUUCAUAUUCAUGCUAUGCUAAGCUCUAUAAUAUGUCUAUCUAAAACAGACGCUAAAAAGAGACUGCCAAAUUAA